AUGGCCGAGUCCAAGGUCGAAAAGCGGAAUCGGCCGCCCAAGUCGUGCGAGCCGUGUCGUCUACGAAAACUCAAAUGCAACCGCGAACAGCCGUGUGAUGCGUGCACGCGCCGCGACAAGGCCGCAUUCUGCCAGUAUGCGGCGAAUGCAGACCGGAGUGAGAGGCGGGAUGCGGUCGUGAGGAGCGGUGGUGGCGGUGGAAGCAGUUCCCAUUCGGUGACGGGCCGUCUACGGCGGCUCGAGGAUAUGAUUUUGCAAAUGGCCGGAGGCUCUUCCGGGAAGGCGUUUGAUGUCCAGACUCCAUGGCAGAGGUCGCCUCACGACAUGCCACGUUACUUGGACGACGGUGCCGUCGACGUAUCCAUGUCUGGUGGUGACUCGGUCGACAAUUCGGUCAAUACGCCGCUCUCGGACGAACUUCAGGUUCCAGUCGACAGCGGCAAUCCUGUCACUGCCGAAACAUCCAUCACAGAGUCUUCAGAGCGCCCGUCGCUGGGCGGUGGACAGCUCGACAUCGGCCACACCACGUACAUCGAUGCCAGCCACUGGUCGUCUCUCCUGGAAGAGAUCAAGGAACUACGCGAGCAGCUGUCAUCGCCCGUCGAAAGAGACCAGCAGCCGGAGUCGUUGGCUUCCUUGUCUCUGACCAACUCGUCCCCUUCGAUGCACACAGACACAGCUCAACCGACCUUGGAAACACCCGACGACAGCUAUGCGGACCUCGUGUUUGCGCAGCCGUCUGUUGGUCCCGAGGAGCUGCUAAAGUCGCUGCCGCCUCGAGCUGUCUGUGACCGUCUCAUCUCGCAUUAUUUCCGCGUCGGCCAUUCUGUUUUGCCCAUCCUGCAUCCUAUCGAAUUUCAGAAAGAGUAUGCCACCUUCUGGGAGGCUCCGAUUCAAGCACCACCCCUCUGGAUCGCCUUGCUCUUUUCCGUCUUGGCCGUAUCGGCUGGCCUACAUCUCAUGGCCCACACAGGCAGCAACGAUGUCGACACCGACACGCCCUCUCCCGAUGCCAUGGCCGACAAGGCGCGCCAGAAUCUCGUGCUGGGCCACUACGCCGACGUCGACGCCCACAGCCUCGAGGCCAUGAUCCUGCUGCUCCAAAGCCACUACUUUUACGUCGCCGACUACCGGCCGCGCGGUGCCGCCACGGCGUCCAACGUCUGGUACCUGAUUGGCAUGGUGAUCCGGCUGGCCGUGCGCCGCGGCUACCACCGUGACCCGUCCAAGCUGCAGGCCGCCCGGCUGUCGCCCUUUGCCGGCGAGAUGCGCCGCCGUAUCUGGGUGGCCAUUGUGCAGGUGGAUGCGCUCACGUCCUUCCAGGUCGGCCUGCCGAGCAUGAUCCCCAUGGCCGACUGCGACACGGCGCUGCCGCGGAACCUCGAGUUCACCGACUUGCGGCCCGACAUGACGGAGCUGCCACCCUCGCGGCCCGUGUCCGACAACACGACGAUCCUGUACACGAUCGUCAAGUCGAGCGUCAUGGCGUGCUUCCAGGCGGUUGUGGCGCACACGCGGUCGCUGGCGCCGCGGCCGCACGAAGACACGCGUGCGCUGGAUGCCCGGCUGCGAAGGGCGUACGCUGAACUGCCCGCGCACUUCCAGUACCGGCCGCUGGCGGCGUCGCUCAUCGACAGCCCGCCCAUCAUUAUGAGCCGGAUGACGAUUGAGAUGCUGUACCUGAAGAGCCUGAUUGUGCUGCACAGAAACUACAUUCCACAGUACUACAAGCAGUCGUCGUCGUCGUCAACGACAAUGUCGACAACAUCAUUCGUCUCCACCUCCCGCCAGGCCUGCCUUGAUGCCGCUUGCACGGUUCUCGACUGCCAAGCCGAACUGACGGCCGCCACCCAACACGGCGGCAUCCUCCACGACGCCCGUUGGAUGAUCUCGGCGCUGACCGUCAACGACUUUAUCCUCGCCGCCAUUGUCUUGUGCCUGGACAUGACGCUGGCGAGCAAGCACACACAACGUACAGAUGACGGCCACAACCGUCGGCUUGCCGCUCUCCGGACAGCACAUGCCAUCUGGGUCGCCCCCAGUGCACAGUUUCCGGAGGCGCGCAUUGCUGCCGACGCGCUGGGUGCGACUCUCGCGCGUGUGGAGGCCCGACAGGUCCCGCAGAUGGACGUCCCAGCCGCUGACAGCCAGUUCGUGUCUGUCGACGCCUUGACCACCGACAACGUGGACGGGCUCGAUUUUAUCAACUGGACUUUCCUCGACAACAACUGCCACGACCCGCUCAACGAGGAUCUCGACCUCAACACAUGGAUGACAGACGCCACAAAGGCGUCUGGCUUUAUGGAUCCGUUCUAG